AUGGCUUUUUCCACUCGCUUCGGUUACGAUGCCACAUCCACCCAAAGAAAGAAGCUCUGGGACCCAUCAGAGACCUUAGGAAUCAUCAACAUGGACCCGGGAUACCAACGCAUAACCUGUAUCGGCCACGCCCCGUCACAAGGGCGACGCUGCCGGAAUCCGAUCCGGAGCGACAAUCGAGACUUCAUCACGGCCACGCUGAACGAGAUCGCGUACCUGCGUCCUGACAACCCUACCGUCAUAUCACGGCUACGGGCCAUCGCCGGACCAGCGCUCUGUGUUAGAUACCACCAGGGCCAAGCUGAAUCCAUUGUCAGGCAGUGGCAGAGGAAGAUCCAGCAGUUAAGCCCACGGAUUGAUGAACGAAAACCGACCAAACCCGUCCGAGAUGACAAGAAUCAAGACUCAGAGCAGACUAUAAACGAGCUCCGGGAACAACUGCGAGAGAUGAGAGAGCUUUUGGCUCAAUUGCGAGAUGAUAGGGAUGGUCAAGGGUCGCAAUCUCAGGGAUAUGAAAGACCGAACGAGCAAGCUUCGAGGAGGAGGCAGGAGGCAGAGCGGAGACGCCAGGAGAGUGAGGAAAGGGAGAGAGAUCGCCUGGAGAAAGAACGUCUUGAGAGAGAACGCCUUGAGAGAGAACGCCUUGAGAAAGAGCGUUUAGAGAAGGAACGUUUAGAGAAGGAGAAAAGAGAAAGAGAAAAGGAGGAAUCGAAUCGGCGAGCGCGCGAAGAGCAAGCAGCACAAAACGAGCGGAUCCGCCAACGAGCACAAAAACGGCGCGAAGAACGCGAGCGAGAGAAGCGUGAAGCUGAACGGAGAGAAGAAGAGGAAUGGGAGCAAUCGUGGAUCAAAUACCAGGAACGCUGGGCAGAGUUUAGAGCAACUCCGUUGAGAGAGGGCAAUAUCCGAGAUGCCAUCCCGUGGCCUGUCAAGUCGGGAUCUUAUCGGGACGUGAAGGCUUCCAAUGUCAAUGACUUCUUGAAGAGAGCGGUGGCGAGGGAUGCAAGUCCGGUGAAGUUAAUACGGAAAGAGUGCAGGAAGUGGCAUCCUGAUUCCAUGAACCGUUUGCUGCGAGACGCUCAGCUCACUGAUGCUGAUGAGAUGAUGAUUGAAAUGAUCUGUCGAGUGGUAACGGAUUUGCUCAAUAAUGCUUCUGGGAGGAGCUCGGAGUUAUUCGAUUGA